AUGUGCUGCCAAACGCCUGAGUCGCCAAAGCGCGAAGACUCUGAAUCAAAGGCUAAUCACAAAAGAAACCUCAGCAGUGGCACAUCUGAUGCCUCGCCUAUGAGAAGAUCCAAACGACAGAAAUCAAGCAUCAACCUCAAGGAGCUGUCUUCUCCGGAGGCAUCGGAAGCAGAGGGAGAAGUUACAUCUCCACUGGUCAAAGAAGAAGCCGUUUACGCACCUGCCCCAGUUGCUGCCCCCAAACGGAAGGCAAAGAAGCCACCAGUCAAGAAAGAAGCCACCGGGGACGCUGAUAGCGCCAAACCUGUCAAGAAAGCGAGAAAAUCCAAGAAAGAUCAAGAGGCUGAAGCUAUGCCUCUGGCAGCUCGGGCGCAGGGUCUGCGUAUGUUCAUUGGCGCACACGUCAGUGCUGCGAAAGGCGUCUUCAAUUCUAUUCACAACAGCCAUAACAUUGGUGGGAACGCGUUUGCGUUGUUCUUGAAGUCGCAGAGAAAAUGGGACAACCCAGCGCUAUUAGAUGAUCAUCGUGAUCAAUUCCGUCAGCUAUGCGCAGAAAAGGGCUAUGAUGCAUCCAAGCACAUUCUUCCACAUGGCUCGUAUCUCGUGAACCUGGCCCAAAGUGACACUGCCAAGUCCAAGCAAGCAUACACCUCAUUCUUAGAUGACCUCCGCCGUUGCGAAGCCCUUGGAAUCUCUCUCUACAACUUCCACCCCGGAAGUACCAACCAAACCCCUCUCCCGGAGGCGCUCGCCCGCCUAGCCAGCACCCUCACCCAAGCAAUCACCGAAACAACAACAGUAAUCCCCGUGCUAGAGACAAUGUGCGGCCACGGCAACACAAUCGGCGGAGCUCUCUCCGAUUUCCGAGAUCUCCUAGCUCUAAUCCCAAAGGAACAUCACUCACGCAUCGGCAUCUGCGUAGAUACCUGCCACAGCUUCGCAGCUGGCUACGAUCUCGCCUCCCCAGAAGGCUUCAAAGCCUUCCUCGCGGAAUUCGACGAGCUAAUCGGCAUUCAAUUCCUCAAAGCUCUACAUCUAAACGACUCCAAAGCUCCCCGCGGCAGCAAGAGAGACCUGCACGCCAACAUCGGCACCGGAUUUCUCGGUCUGCGUGCAUUCCACAAUGUCAUGAACGAGCCCCGUUUCGAGGGCCUACCCAUGGUUCUUGAAACGCCUAUCGAUCGCGCCCCGGAGAAGUCUGCAGACGAUGAAGAUGCCGGAGAUGGUAUUGAAGUGGAAGGCGAGAAAAAGAAGGGUGCCAAGAAAGGACCGAAGCGGCCUGCAGGGGCGGGUGCAGCUACUGUUCAGGAUCCUGGUGUUUGGGCACGUGAGAUUAAGCUGCUCGAGUCGCUUAUCGGGAUGGAUCCUGAGGGUGAAGAGUUCAAGGCUCUUGAGGCUCGGCUUGAGGAGGAGGGUCGUGCGGAGCGUGCCAAGUAUCAGGAUCAGUAUGAGCGGAAGCUUGAGGCGGUUGAGAAGAAGAAGGCUAAGGGGCAUACUAAGCCCAGGGGUCAGAAGAAUCUUAUGGAUAUGAUGAAGGAGGAUGCGAAGAAGGAGUAA